UGGUGGUAUCCGGUAUCACCGGCGCGCACGCAAAUGCCGCUUUGACACAAUGAUGCUUCCCUCGAUUUCCCAAAAUCAGCUCCAUCAAAGAGGUAACAAACUGGUGGUCGACAAGGGUAGCCUAGCACGAUCUCCUUCCCCCGAAGCCGGUGAAGGAAAGAACCAUCGUCGUCUAUAUUUCAAACGGAGGCGGAUAGCGUGUACUGUUUUCUUCGUAUCUACGCUGUGGUGGGUACUCUAUACGUUCCGACCUGGAUCUCUUUCUCAAGAAGUAUUGGCUGAGACGAAUCUACCUUUGGACUUUGUAGUUGCCGGUUUUCCCAAAUGUGGCACCACAACGUUGAUGUACGCCUUCCGGCAGCAUUCACAAGUCAAUAUGAAUACACACGAGUCUUGCUCUAUUUCCAGUGCCAGAAAGACGACGACUCAAGUUUGGAACGGACUGCAGGCGGAAUUGAGUGACAUCAUUUCGCUACCGGCUACUGGCCGCGUCAACGGAAUAAAAUGCCCAACUGCAAUGUAUAGUAUGAAAGCUCUGCAUCGAUUACAAAACUGGCAUCCUCGUACUAAAUGGAUUGUGGGACUUCGUCAUCCCGUCUGGCAGGUACAGUCAUUUUAUAAUUACCGCGUUACGGAAGCCUACGAUAAGCUGGAGGCUGCAGCGUCUCAAUCGUAUUCAUGGCUGCCGCGUUUUAUGUGGGACCCUCAACCAUCUUUUCGAAGUCUGGACGAUAUCUUCACGGCCCCAUAUCAGCCGUGGAAUGAAGUCUCGAGAUGGUCCCAUCGCUACGAGCUUUUUUUGAACCAAUUUGGAUUCACCAACAUGACGGUGCCUGAAGUUGUCGAAUGGCAAAACUUGACGGCAGCAAGAGAUGCGAUGACUCUUUAUCCCCAUCUCGGACUACUAUCUGAUCAUAACUUUGAAAUUUUUGUCUAUACGGUUGAUCAAAUGGAGGAUGCAAAUACUGAGCGGAGCGCUCAGUUUCGAAAGGGUUUACAAUCAUUUUUGGGUCUGACCGAGCCUCUGCCCAGCUUGGGACACGAGAACAUCAAUCACUUUCAAGGCAGUCGGGCCCAUCCGGAAACAAUUGAUAUUUGUGAUUCGCAGUGGAGCGAUCUGCGAUCGCAAAUCAUUGCUGACGGCCGAGUUACAGCGACUUGGAUUCAAGAUCGAUUGGUUGCGUCGCCGCAUGUAUCGGUCAGUGACGAUCCCUUUUUCCGCUCGACAUUGGACAUGUGGAUGCACGAUCCGUGUCCCUAGUUAACGAGAGGCCUAAACCAAUGCUAUGUAUAAACAGCAAUCGAUGAGC